AUGAAAAAUAAAACCAUGUUGACUGAGUUUAUCCUGCUGGGUCUGACAGAUGUCCCUGAACUCCAGGCAGUGGUCUUCACCUUUCUGUUCCUUGCCUAUUUACUCAGCAUCAUCGGAAAUCUGACUAUCCUCAUCCUCACCUUGCUGGACUCCCACCUGCAGACUCUGUAUUUCUUCCUCCAGAACCUUUCUUUCUUAGAAAUGUCCUUCACAAACAUCUUCAUUCCCAGGGUCCUGAUCAGCAUCACAACAGGGAAUAAGAGUAUCAGUUUUGCUGGCUGCUUCACUCAGUUUGCAAUAUUCCUGGGGGCAACAGAGUUUUCCCUUCUGGCCACCAUGUCCUAUGACCGCUAUGUGGCCAUCUGCAAACCCCUGCAUUACCUGACCAUCAUGAGCAGCAGAGUCUGCAUCCAGCUGGUCCUCUGCUCUUGGCUGUCUGGGUUAAUGGUUAUUAUACCACUGAUCUCUCUGAUGAGUCAGCAGGACUUUUGUGCAUCCAAUAGGCUGAAUCAUUAUUACUGUGACUAUGAGUCCCUUCGGAAACUCUCCUGUUCAGACACAAGCCUCACUGAGAAGGUUGCUUUUCUUGUAGCAUCUGUGACCCUAGUGGUCACUCUGGUACUAGUGAUUCUCUCUUAUAUGUUCAUAAUCAGGAGUAUUCUGAAGCUCCCCUCUGCCCAGCAAAGGACAAAAGCCUUUUCCACUUGUUCUUCCCAUAUGACUGUUAUCUCCCUCUCUCAUGGAAGCUGCUUCUUCACAUACGUAAAGCCCUCAGCAAAAGAAAAGAACACAUUCAACAAGGGAGUAGCUCUACUCAUUACUUCAGUCGCACCGUUGUUGAAACCCUUCAUUUACAUAAGGAACCAAAAGGUAAAACAAGCCUUCAAGGACAUAGUCAAAAAACUUGUGAAUCUUUUAAGAAUUUCAGAAUUAAUGCCUUAA